UCACUGACGCCAAAUGAUGACCGCUGUCCCUUAAUGGGUUGUGCUGUGAGCUCGUAACCACUCCCGUGAUGCAUAGCGCCGAUGGUUGUGCUGCCACUGUUGGGGUAGAUUCCAGGCCUUUCGCAGGCAUUUGCUUUUACUAACCCACCAUUUUUGCGUCUGAAGACAUUAAGACGUUAUGAAGGCUGUAACGUAUGUUGUGCUGCUGUUGACGACUUUGCCUGCUACACUGCAAGCUAUGCAGGCUCACUCAAGAAUAGAUGAGUGGAUGUUUAUUGGUAGAGACUCCGAUUAUCACAAUGGUUUCCGGAAAAAGGUGCAUGCAGAUAUUUGUCAUGCUCAAAACAUCAUGGGUUAUGACAAGCAACAAAGCAGUAAGGUGAAACAUCCGAAGAAACAAAGCAACAAGGUUGAACAUUCCCAGCAACAGAGCAUCAAUGUAGAACAUUUCCAGCAGCAGAGCAGCAAGCAGACUAUAAGUCCGGUUGCGGCCAAGUCUUGUACAGACCACAUGGUGUCCGGCAGCACGACCGAUGGUUACUACCAGCUACAGGAUAGCCAGGGAAAAACCUACACGUACACGGUCUACUGCGACUUCAACUCUGAACCGGGAGUGGCCUGGACCCUGGCGAUGUCAUUCAGCCUUGCCAACAAUGUCUUGCCUCAAUUCAAGAGCACACCGCUGUCCAGUGAUGCACCAGUUAACGAGAAAUCUCCAAACUGGCCUGCGUACAGGCUUCCGCUUACCAGAAUGAAGGCACUGCUGGCUCAUUCUACUCACUGGCGCGUCACAUGUAGUUUUCCCAAAUAUGGAAUCGACUACAAGGAUUAUUUGAGAGCGAGGCUGAAGUACUUUGACCCAAUAAGCCUCAAUGGUAGCAAAGUUUGCAAAAAAGUAGAAUACAUCAACAUUCGAGGUCAGCCAGCUGCGCACACAUCUGCUCCCUUUUGGCAAAAGAAUUACAUGCUUCACGUUAAUAGUAAUAUCAGCGCAACUCAAGCAAGUGGUUGUGCGUUCUCUGCAGCGGCUGGGUCUGUAACAAAUGAGAAUAACUUUGGGUUUUAUGAGGCGGUGAAUACCAAGUUCAGGUGCUGCGAGUCACCAUCGUCCACCACUCAGUACUGGUUUGGUGGUAACCCGAAUUAGUCUGUACCUUAACUCUGAGGGUUGCAUUGCUAUUCACGGUGAUGAUGUGUAAUUGCUCGCUCAGUAAACUUGAAAAUCGAGACAUGA